CGUCAACUCGUCCGGGGUAGCAGACACAGUCGCCGCGCCUCUCCAGGGCUCUCUCCCCUAUACCUAGCAUUCUAUCGCCGUCCUCGUGCUGUCGCUGCUGUCGCUGCUGUCGCUGCGUCUCACUCCCUCUCUGGACGCCUCUGCAUGUGACUCGCUGUGCGCCGCUGCACCCUGAAACUGCGUGUGCAACAGCCCCAUCUCAGCUCUCCCGCGGGCCUCUCUGGCAGCCUUUCUGGCAGCCUUUCUGGCGGCCUUUCCACGCCUUGCACGCCUUGCACGCCUUGCACGCCUUGCACGCCUUGCACGCCUUCCACAGCUCUUCUCGGAUGGGUCGCCUGCGCUAGUCUGACCCCGUAGAAUCCGCGUCGAACCCGUCCGCUCGCUCAAUCGCCCCCCGAACAUUCAGAUGCCCUGUCUCGCGCUGGGCCGGUAACGAGAGCCCCGAGUAUGGCCACGCUGGGCUCGCCCUCUCCCCCGUCGUCCCCCUCCCGAGCCAUGCGCCCCCGCGCCUGGGCACGCAAGGUCGAGCGGUACUGCUGCAACACCAUCACCUACUUCCCGCUGCUGUUCGUCUACGGCCUGACCACCUGGGCCGUCUGGGUCGAGGUCGGCAUCGGCUUCGUGCCCGCCAAGAAUGCCUGGACUGGCCACUUCACAUCCGCGCUCGGCUUCUUCCUCUACUGCAUGCUCAACUGGAGCUACACCACCGCCGUCUUCACCGAUCCCGGGUCGCCGCUCAACUACAACAAUGGCUACAGCAAUCUGCCCACGCAGGAAGGAGGAGGCGUGCACUACACCUCGUUCACCGUCAAGGCAUCCGACGGCGGCGUCCGCUUCUGCAACAAGUGCCAGUCCAACAAGCCCGACCGCGCCCACCACUGCUCGACAUGCAAGCGCUGCGUCCUGAAGAUGGACCACCACUGCCCCUGGCUUGCGACCUGCGUUGGCCUGCGCAACUACAAGGCCUUCCUGCUGUUCCUGAUAUACCUCACCUUCUUCUGCUGGGUCUGCUUUGCGACGUCGGCGACAUGGGUGUGGAGCGAGAUCCUGAGCGACAACCAGUACACCGAGUCUUUUAUGCCCAUCAACGACGUCUUGCUCGCUGUACUUUCCGGCAUCAUUGGGAUAGUCAUUACUGGCUUCACUGCAUGGCAUCUCUGGCUCACAGUCAAGGGCCAGACCACGAUCGAGAGCCUGGAGAAGACGCGCUACCUGUCGCCGCUCAGACAGACGAUGAAGCACAACCUCAACGACCGCAACUACCUCGAUGCGCAGGCCAGCGGACGGCUUAGCAUCGGCGACCAGCUGCGCGAGAUCCACGCGAACGCGCUCCCCGGCGUGACUAGACCGGAAGAAGGCGAGACACCCUCGCGCUCACCGACGCCUUCCAGCGGGCAGGGCAACGACUACUCGCACCCUGCAUACAACUCGUACGAACACCGAGAACGCCAGCAAUACCAGGACCGCUACGACAACUAUCUCGACGAGCGAGACAACGAGCAGCUCCCCAACGCAUUCGAUCUGGGCUGGAAGCGCAAUGUAGCUCACGUCUUCGGCCCCUCGCCCAUCAAAUGGUUCGUCCCCAUCACCAACACCACAGGAGACGGCUGGUCCUGGGAACCAAGCCCGAGGUGGCUCGCAGCCCGCGAUCGCAUCCGCCAGGACCGCGAGCGAGAGGAGCAGCAACAGAAGCAGCGCGAGCGCGCCGCUGGCUGGGGCGUCGACACGCCCACCGAAGCAGAAUUCCGGCGCGUCGGCCGCGUCCCCCAGGGCUGGCAGCCAGGCGGUUGGAAUCCCCCGUCCCCACGCGUCUCCUACCGCCACGCCGAUCAAAGCCAGUACCUCUCCGCGACAAACACCGGCACCGUGACCGCGCACCGCGACGGCCGCAGGAGCCCGAGCAAAGCAGACCAGAUCCUGGGUAGAGAGCAGGGCAUGUACGCCGACGGCGAUGUGCCGCUCCAGACCAUCGAGACGCGGAAGAAGUUCGACCAGUACAACUACAUCUCCGAGGACGACGACGAGGAUGAGUACGAAGUCUCCAGCGACGAGCAGGAUGCGGAUCGCAGGAUCAAAACGCAGACGACGACGACGACGACGACGACGACGACCUUGCCGCAGACGAAGAAUUGGAACGAUCUCCCUGAGGGGUUCUCGGAUAAGUCACGCAAGGGCAAGAAGAGCGGGAGUCGGGAGAGGAAAAAGGAUUGGGAUGAGUGGAAGGACAAUUGAUCAAGGAGCGGAUGGGAAUGGGGGAUGAUAUUCAGGGAUCUAUGACGGGAUGGCGAUAUGUGUACCAUGUAAUUGCAUAUUGAGGCGUACGAAGCAAGUCUUGCAUAGACAGGCGUUUUGGGAUUGAGCCGUUGCAUUGGAUAGGGAGGACUGUAGUAAUCUCACAUCAUUACUCUCCAUGUUCUUCUCCCGCUAUGCUGACGGUGACGGUGACGGUGACGGUGACAGUAUAGCAUGGGUAUAAAUGGAUGAGUGGUCGAGCUAGCUAGCUAGCUAGCCAGUCCUAGGACUACCUAUCGACUGAGGGUCCGGCGCGCCAGCCCUGGUGUCCAGGUGCAGGACCCAUAC